CAGAAGGUUGUACAUGUUUUGCGAAUUUUUGAGAAGCGCGUGUGUAUGUUUGUGCCAUUUUCAAUGUAACUAACUAGCUGUAAGUGGCUGUACGAACGAACGCCACUCUACUUUGCAACACCAAUCAACAAUAAACAUGAUAAUAACAUUUACGUGUUGGACUUAAUGAACAUUAGAAAUGUUAUAAACGUAAAAAUCCGUCCGGAAGAAGAAAAUAUCAGUAAUAAAGAAAAGCAUGCAGGCAUUAGGAGAAAAGGCAAAAUAAAAAAAUCAUAUAAAAAAAUAAUAGUUAAUGUAUGUUACUCUCUUUCAUUGAAGCUUUGUCUUUGCCUGCAAAGUUUAACUCAUUAAUUUCUUUUCAUCAUCCAUUAUAUGUAGUUAUGUAGUUUUCAAAUGAGACUCUUCAACGAAUAAGUUAAUGUUUGCUCACCUGAGCAAAUUAUUGUUAUUCUCUUAUUAUAAAUGCUCUUGUACAUGAGUGUUUACUCAAUGCACAAACUGUCUGUCUGUUUUUACUCCAUAUUCUGUAAAAUUUCGUUAUAUUUGUUUUUUUUUUUUUUUCAAUAAUUAUUUCAUUGUUUAGGUAAUAAAAUUUUUUUAUUUAAUUGUUUUUCAUAUUAUUUGUACUAUCGAUGAAGUUUAUUGUGCAAUUUCUCUCAUAAAGAUUUCUCUGCGUGUUUAUGUUUUGCAUUUUGCUUGAAUGUGUAACAAAUUGCAUUGCAUUGAGUGAUGUCAUCUUUGGUGUCAUUGAUGUUGUUGCUGUUGUUGUUGUUGCAAAGUAUAUAUUACCAGCCAGGCCGACCGCUCACUACACUAAAAAAACGUUGAAUCAAACGAAAAGGCAUAAAUAAUGAAUAAAUAUUUUUAAACCUUAAAUCCGGCGAACAUAUCGUUUAACAUUAAAAAGAUACGUUUCUAUCCCAUUGCAGAUAUAUCUCAUCUUGUCAAUGCUUGUGCUACAAGUUCAUAAAAGGGAAAUAAAUAUAUAUAAAUAAAUAAAAAAAAAAAAAAAAAAAAAAAAACAAAAAAAAGAAAACCAAAGAUUUUAAUUAUAAGUUAUAUGAAAUCCUUCCCCAAAAAUAAGACUCGAAAAGUCACAUUCCAUUAAUCCGUGGACAGUGUGUACUUGUGUGUAUGAAAGAGAAGAUUUUAUAUUAAAAAGGAUUCACAUUUACACAGGCAUAUACGUCUACACUCAAACCAUUCGAAAAUGGGGCGGCAGUCGUCUAGCACGUUGGCCGUCAUCAUCAUGCUGGUUGCCAUAUUGGGCACUAUCACAGCGAUGAUAAACUCACCGCCUCGCAUUAUCAAACAACCACCGACUGAUGAACUUUUAUUUAAAGUUGCUCAACAGAAUAAGGAAAGCGAUAAACCGUUCAUUAUUGAAUGUGAGGCCGAAGGAAAACCUGAUCCCACAUAUCGUUGGAUAAAAAAUGGCAAAAAGUUUGAUUGGCAGGCAUAUGAUAAUCGUAUGCUGCAACAGCCCGGACGUGGUACAUUGGUUAUAACUUCGCCUAAAGACGAGGAUUUGGGUCAAUAUCAAUGUUUCGCCGAAAAUGAAUACGGUAUAGCUACCUCCAAUUCGGUUUUCGUGCGUAAGGCAGAAUUGAAUGCUUUCAAAGAUGAAGCUGCCAAGACGGUGGAAGCCAAUGAGGGUGAACCAUUUUCGUUGCAAUGCGAGGCACCGGACGGUUGGCCCAAGCCUACAGUUAACUGGUUAAUACAACAAUCCAUUGAUGGUGGCAUUAAAUCGAUUAACAAUUCACGCAUGACUUUAGAUCCUGAGGGUACUUUGUGGUUUUCGAAUGUAACUCGCGAUGAUGCUUCGGAUGAUUUUUAUUAUGCUUGUUCAGCAACUUCUGUAUUUCGUAAUGAAUAUAAAAUAGGUAAUCGGGUACUCCUGGAUGUUAAACAAACGGGUAUUAGUGCGGGUCAAAACAAAAAUGCCCCUAAACGUCAAUACGUUACUAGAAAAAAUGAAGUCGCUUUACGAGGCAAGCGUGUUGAAUUGUUUUGCAUAUAUGGCGGUACACCUCUACCACAAACGGUUUGGUCAAAAGAUGGUCAACCUAUAAAUUGGAGUGAUCGAAUUACCCAAGGUCAUUAUGGUAAAUCACUAGUUAUACGUCAUGUGAAUUUCGACGAUGCCGGCUCUUACACCUGCGACGUCUCCAAUGGUGUAGGAAAUGCUCAAUCGUAUUCGAUUAAUUUAAAAAUUCAUGCCAUACCAUAUUUCACUGUCGAACCGGAAAUACAAAAUGCUGCCGAAGAUGAGACUGUUGAGUUCCGUUGCGAGGCCGUUGGUUUCCCAGAACCCACUAUACAUUGGAUACACAAUGGUAAACCGAUUAGUGAGUCGCCACCCAAUACCAGACGCACCGUAGAAACUAAUCGCAUUAUAUUGAGUGAUUUGGUGAAGAAAGACACUGGUAACUAUGGUUGCAAUGCUACCAAUUCCUUGGGUUAUGUCUACAAAGAUGUCUAUUUGAACGUGUUGGCUUUACCACCAGAAAUUGAAGAACCGCCACGUAAGGAAGCCACAGUAGAUGGUAAAGACAUUACAAUGCGUUGUCGAGUAUUUGGUGCACCCAAGCCUCAAGUGAAAUGGAUACGCAAUGGCCUAGAAUUGACCGGUGGUCGUUAUUCCGUAAUGCCCUCAGGUGACUUAAAAAUAGAGCAGGUAAAUUUCAAUGAUGCCGGUGUUUACACUUGCUAUGCAAAGAAUAAAUUUGGCGAAAAGUCCGCGAAUGGUUCACUUAUUGUUAAAGAGCACACACGCAUCACUGAAAAACCACAGAAUUACGAAGUAGCUGCCGGUCAAUCAGCCACAUUCCGUUGUAAUGAGGCUCAUGACGACACCUUGAAUUUAACUAUAGAAUGGUGGAAGGAUUCUCAACAAAUUGAUUUCGAAGCCGAAGCACGAUUUGUAAAGACAAACGACAAUUCUUUAACUAUUGCGAAGACUAUUGAACUGGAUUCAGGUGAAUACACUUGCAUGGCCCGCACAGAACUGGAUGAGGCGUCAGCUAAAGCUAAUCUAAUUGUUCAAGAUGUACCGAAUGCACCCUUACUUAACAAUGUACGUUGUUUGCCUCGGCAUGCGGAUAUCACCUGGGAGCCUCAGGGCGAUAAUCGCUCUCCUAUCCUUCACUAUACCAUACAAUAUAAUACAUCCUUUACGCCAGCCACAUGGGAUGUAGCUUUCGAAAAAGUACCUUCCACAGAUUUCUCGUUUAUGGUCGACAUGUCGCCUUGGUCAAACUAUACGUUCCGUGUUAUAGCCUACAAUAAAAUCGGCUCUUCUCCACCAUCUGGUCAUAGCCAAACUUGUAUUACUCAACCGGACGUGCCCUACAAGAAUCCAGAUAAUGUAGCUGGUCAAGGCACUGAGCCUAAUAAUUUAGUAAUUACGUGGACGCCUAUGCCGGAAAUCGAACAUAAUGCACCAAAUUUUCAAUAUCGCGUGUCAUGGAAACGUGAUAUACCUGCAGCAUCGUGGGAGAACAAAGACAUUUAUGACUGGAAGCAAAGCAGCUUGUUAAUCACCGAUCAGCCAACGUUUGAACGAUACGUCAUAAAAGUAGCCGCUAUAAACGAAAGAGGCGAGGCCAAUGUGGCUGCUGAAGAGAUCAUUGGUUAUUCUGGAGAGGAUCGUCCUCUGGAAGCUCCUACUAAUUUCAGCAUGAUACAAGUAACUGGUGCUACUUCAGCGAUUUUAGGUUGGAACCCUGUGAGCCCCAAGUCGGUACGUGGUCACUUUAAAGGUUAUAAAAUUCAAACGUGGACUGAGCAGGAGGGGGAAGAAGGUCUACGUGAAAUCCAUGUAAAGGGUGAUUCAAACCAAGCUUUAGUAACGCAAUUCAAACCGGAUUCUAAGAAUUUUGCUCGCGUGUUAGCGCAUAAUGGACGCUUCAAUGGUCCGCCAAGUGCGGUUAUAGAUUUUGACACCCCUGAAGGAGUACCUUCGCCGGUACAAUCUCUAGAUGCUUAUCCUAUGGGCUCAUCAGCAUUCUGGCUGGUAUGGAAGAAACCUUUGAAUCCUAAUGGAAAAUUAACCGGUUACAAAGUCUACUAUGAGGAAGUAAAAAAUAGCUAUGUGGGUGAACGCCGCGAAUAUGACCCCCACAUCACAGAUCCGCGGAUAACUUCUAUGAAAAUGGCUGGACUGAAGCCCAAUACUAAGUAUCGUAUUUCAAUAACUGCUACUACCAAAGCCGGUGAAGGCACCGAUCAUUUCAUUGAAAAACGAACUUUGGCCGAGGAUUCCCAAGAGCCAGCUGUGCCAGCCUUUGAGUUCGAGCAACAACCAUCGGAAAAUGGAUUAGCUAAGUUUCGUAUUAAUUGGAAACCUAAUACAGAAGGUCAUGCCGGCACUCAUUUCUUUACCAAAUAUAGAAUCAAAGGAGAGACUGAAUGGACGAACGCUCCUGAAGAAAAAAAUCGAGAUUAUCAGGAAAUCGCUGGUCUGGAUCCGGAUACCGUUUAUGAAUUCCGCGUAGUAGCGGUGGAUGGUCAUUUCUUUACGGAAAGCGUUACACGAGAAAUCGAUACAAAUGGCGUGGAGGGACCAAUUAAAGUGCCCAAUGAAAACCUCGCAAAUGCCGGCUGGUUUAUCGGCAUGAUGUUGGCUUUAGCCAUCAUUAUAAUUUUGUUUAUAAUUAUUUGUAUAAUACGACGCAAUCGUGGAGGCAAAUAUGAUGUACACGAUCGCGAAAUGCAGAACGGCAGACGCGACUACCCCGACGAGGGCGGUUUCCACGAAUACUCACAACCUUUGGAUAAUAAAAGCGCCGGCCGCCAAUCGGUUAGUUCAGCAAAACCAGGGCUGGAAAGUGAUACAGAUUCCAUGGCCGAGUAUGGUGAUGGUGAUACAGCCGUGAUCAAAGUGACACCUUUACCUACUUUAUAUGAACAUUAAUCUACUAUUUCUACUAUUCUUCUCCAAGUGGUCUUAAGAAAUUAAUUUUGAAAAUAUGUUUUUUAUAAUUUCCUUCUUUCAUUUAAAACAAAAAAACUUUUUUGUAAUAUUCGAGGUAAAUUUUUUUUUUUUUUUAAUCUUUAAGUUUAUUUUAUUUUGCAUGAAAAACCCUUUCAAAACGGCUCAGUUCACACUAAACAUUCAUUCGUAGUAGCUUGGUAUGAAAAAAAUUCUUUUAAUGUCUUAUGCAUUAUCGACAUUGUUUUUUACGUCGACAUCAAGCUUUAAAAUUUUAUAUAUCAAAUCUUCUGGCAGUGUUAAUUGCAUAGAUAAUUAGUUGUUUAAUGCAAAAAAAAGGUCAAAGUUAACGCCGCGGAAAAAAAUUUUUAAUUUAAUAAUUUACCUUUAAGAAGUGAAAACAUUGUAGUGGCCCACGGCCCAUUAUUAAAUUCCCCGCAUCUCCCUAUAGCUAUUCAUAUAUUCACUUUUCAAAAUAAGGCGGUACAUAGGAAGUGGUCGAGGAAAUGAUCCGAUCCAAACCCUUUUCAAUAACAUACAUCUUUCGACCAAAAGACGAGACCAGUGUACCAAAUUUCAUCCAAAUAUUUUCAGGUCUGUAGAUUGAACAUAAAAAUAUAAGACAAACAGAUAGACAGACAGACAAGCUCAAUUCAAUUCACAGAAUGAUUUUCGAAACGAUCAGUAUAAUAAAAGGUGAAUUUAUCUGAAGCCGUUCUGGGUCCGGAUAUAUUCGCACAAACUAUGUACGGCAAGCGACAUAAAGUAUAACAAGUGGUCUGGAAAGUUGAUGUUUUUCGUUUGUAAAUCCAAACUUAGAGAGCCAGAAAUUGAAUUUAUUUUAAAAAGGUUGCAGUUUGAAGCCCAUUGACUCAUAUUUUUAUAACCUGCACUAAAGGUGGUACGAUGUCAAAGUCCAUUUGACUAUUCGUCAGCAACACUUGAAUUUACUUCCUAGAACUCGGGAAAUGUAUACAUUCUCGAUCAGCAGAAAAUUUUGAGUCAAUUCAACCAUACUUAUGACUUCGUCCGCAUGGUAAACACUUAGAUUCAACCCUUUACUAUAAAAAGCGGAACGAAAAUUUUGUCAAAAUCGUAAGAUCAAGAAGCCGUCGUAUUCGCUUAAAGUCGAAUCAUUUAAUGUUAGAUAGAGCAAAAGUUCAGUCUCUCGAAAUAUUGGACAUAUAUCGAAGCAUACAUACCGUAUAUCUUAUAAUUUUCAAAUAGUAUUUUUAUACGAUUAGGUUGUAAGUAAUACAUUCUUGUUUAUAUGGGUUUUUCGCCCAUGGAUAUAUUCAGAUGAUUUUUAAGCUCAAGUCGACAAGAUCAAAUUUGUUAUUUGUCAAGAGAAGGCUAUACAUCAGACAGGCUAUAAUGUUUUCCAAAGUUCGCGCAGGAAGUAAGUUGAAUGGAAAACACCGUUUUUUAUGAUACCGUUUUCAAUAAAUAUAGCUGGUAAGAGGACAUUGGUUGAAUUGUUUCUCGGACUGUGGUGCAUCGGGUACCGAUUUGUUGAAAUUAAUGUCCAUAUCUUAUAAUUUCGGCGCAAACAACACACGAUCAGCUGUUAUUGCCCUAAGCAGCUGUACUCUCGUAGAAGAAUGGUCCGAUAAUGCCUUGAACUCCAUAUUCGUAGAUGCAGUCCUUUCCCUUUAUGAAUUAGAGCCGACUUUCCGAUGCAUAUGUAAGGACCACAGAAUGGAACGAAGCAACAUUCAACUCAAUUAAAACACCCACACACACUCCCUUAUACAAUCAGUUAAAGGGCACAUAAAAAACUUUUGCUUACUACUAGGCUUUGCCUUAUAUAUAAUAGUGCAAAGACUUUCUGAGCGUUGCCACAGUAUGAAGGAAGAUGUUGAAAAAGUAAAAAAUUGCAUCUCAGAACGCUUGCCUCAAAUUCAAACGAAAUCUCUUCCCGAGACAGUAUAAGCAAACGCGUAACUAACGAUAAACUUUCCUACUUGGCUAUAGAACUUUUCAUGCUUCUGUUGAAAUUAUUAUGUUGUUGUUUUUUUGAUUACAUAAAUUGUUUGUGAAUUAAGUUAACUGUCACACCUAACACAAUUCCUAGAUGCUUUUGGGAAAACUCUACUUUAAACUUUAAGUGGCUUUUUUUGUUAAAAUUUUUUUUUUUUUUUAUU